UCUUUGUGUUUACGGAAGUGGGUAGAGUGAGAAGCAGGGAUGGAGGAGCGGCACCGGCAAGCCCUGCAGCUAAACCGGGUCCGGUUAGUGAAAUCCAUGCAAGUGUCAGAGCUCUGGGACCAGCUGCUGGAGAAGGGCAUCUUCAGCGAUGACAUGAUAGAAGAGAUUAAGCUCGCAGGUACCCGGAGGGAUCAGGCGCGGAUGUUGCUGGUGGAGCUGGAGACGCGCGGGGGUCAGGCCUUCCCUCUCUUCCUGCAAUGUCUGAAGAGCACGGGCCAGGACGAGCUCGCAGAUCUCCUCCGGGGGCAGGGCGGAGGAUCGCUGUACGAGACGCCCCCUAUAACGCCGAUCCCGUUAUCACCUUCCAAGAAAGAUUUCGCUGAAAAACCGCAGGUGACGCGUGAGGCCUGGGAGAAAGAACAGAAUUACCCGAUGAACUCCGACCCCUGCGGCUUUUGCCUUAUCGUCAAUAACGUGGAGUUUGACGAGGGCUCCGGGUUGUCCAAGAGAACGGGGUCCAACGUGGAUCGCGAUAAGCUGGAGAAGACACUCGGCUCGUUCCGCUUUGAGGUCCUCGUGAGGAAUAACCUGAAAGGAUCGGAGAUUCAGGAGGAGCUCCAGAGGUUGGCAGAGCGGGAUCACAGCAAGAAGGACUGCUGCCUGGUGGUGAUCCUGUCCCACGGAUGUGAGACUCGGCACAGACAGUUCCCCGGGGGUGUUUACGGCACGGAUGGGAUACGCGUCCCCGUGGAACGUAUCGUCAGCUACUUUAAUGGCAAUAACUGCCCCGGCCUCCGGGGGAAACCGAAGCUCUUCUUCAUCCAGGCCUGCGGAGGGGAUCAGAAAGACAGAGGUUUUGAAGUGGACUCAGAAAGUCUCCCCAGCUCCAACUCCCAGCAGUCUCUGCACUCCGACGCGACUCCGGUGCGCCCCGAAGCUGGCGAUACGGACGAAACCGACGCCGUGGCGAGUCUUCCUACGGCCAGCGAUAUCCUGGUGUCUUACUCAACCUUUCCGGGGUUUGUGUCGUGGAGGGAUCAGAACAGAGGUUCGUGGUACGUGGAGACGUUAGACAUGAUCCUGGGAGAGUUCGCCUCGAAGUUUGAUCUCCAAACGCUUCUCGUGAUGGUUGCAAAUGAAGUCGCGAGCAAAGGAACGUACAAGCAGAUCCCCGGAUACUUUAACUUCCUGAGGAAACGAUUUUUCUUCCGAACUGUUUGAGGAUUUUCUUUUUCUGUGCAGAGGAGACGUCGGAAAACAUUGCCUCUUAUUUGUUUCUGCCGUAAAGAAGCAACAAGACUUUAUCUUGAGGAAUUUUUGGAAUGCGAUAGAAUGCCUGGGGCUUAUUCACCCAAGAAGACCAUUUCAUGAAUUGAGGUCUAUUAUAAAGUAACAGGGAAAAUACAUUUUGGAAGAGGGACAUCGCAGCCGGAUAUCCGGGAUCUGCACGUAACAUAACCUUUCCUUCCAGGUUUUUUGGGAUGCUCUUAUAACUCCAAAGGAAACGUUAAAACAAAAAUAAAUAAAAACGGAACUUUUUUUUAUGGGAUGAGUUUAAUGAUUUAUAAUUAAUGUAAUGUUUGUAAAAUAAAACUGCAUUUGUGAGAAUAUAAAAAAGUUUUUUUUAAAUAAAAUGACAAUGAAGAUUUGUACCAA